UUUCAGUCGAUCUGUCCCUCAAGAUGAAACCCACCAUGAUUCUAAUGAUCUUAUCUUCUGCGAAAUCUCUCCUUCUUUCACCCAUCAAACACUUUAUUCAUGGCGACUUCCACGAUAUCUAUCAAAGGAUGACACUCAUCGAUAGGCUUCUUUUCCUGAUUAUACAUGGUGUUGAUAAGAUAGGGAUUCAGUGGCACCGUUUGCCUGUUUUCCUGGGGCUGAUAUACCUUGCCAUACGGAGGCAUCUUCAUGACGAGUACAAUUUGCUGAACGUUGGGAAAACUCCGGUGGGGGUAAGGUUCAAUGCUGGCGACAUUCCGUUCAGGACAGCUGACGGGAAGUUUAAUGAUCCUUUCAAUGAAGACGCCGGCAGUGAGGGGACUUUCUUUGGCCGGAACAUGCCCCCAGUUGAUCAGAAAGAUAAGCUGCUAAAACCGGAUCCAAUGGUGGUGGCAACAAAACUUCUCGCACGUAGACAAAUCAUAGACACCGGUAAACAAUUUAACAUGAUCGCUGCUUCGUGGAUUCAGUUCAUGAUUCACGAUUGGAUUGAUCAUCUUGAGGCAACACGACAGAUUGAGCUAAAGGCACCUCCAGAAGUAGCCAACCAAUGUCCUCUCAAAUCCUUCAAGUUUUAUAAGACCAAAGAAGUUGACACGGGAUUUUAUGACAUCAAGAAAGGUCAACUUAACAUCAGAACUUCUUGGUGGGACGGGAGUGCAAUAUACGGAAGCAACUCAAGUAAAUUGAAUCAGUUGAGAACAUUCAAAGAAGGAAAGCUCAAGAUCGGAAAAGAUGGCCUCCUUCAACAUGACAAUGACGGAGUUCCAUUAUCAGGCGAUGUCCGUAAUGGUUGGAUCGGUUUAUCAACCUUGCAAGCUCUCUUCAUCCUCGAGCACAAUGCCAUUUGUGAUGCGUUGAAGAAAGAAUAUCAAGAUUUGGAGGAUGAAGAUUUAUAUCGUCAUGCAAGGCUAGUAACUUCUGCUGUCAUUGCCAAGAUCCACACCAUUGACUGGACUGUCGAGCUUCUUAAGACUGACAUGCUUCAUGUAGCAAUGAGAGCAAACUGGUAUGGGCUACUGGGGAAAAGAUUCAAGGAUACAUUUGGACACGUUGGAGGAGCCAUAUUGGGAGGUCUUGUAGGAUUAAAGAAACCCAAUAACCAUGGAAUACCCUACUCACUAACUGAAGAGUUCGUGAGUGUUUACAGAAUGCAUUCUCUCUUACCUGAUCAACUCUUCAUUAGGGAUGUUAAUUCAACACCAGGCCCCAACAAAUCUCCAAAAUUAACCAAAAAGAUUGACAUGAUAAAUUUGCUUGGAAGGAGAGGGGAGAAGGAAUUAUCAGAAAUUGGAUUUACGACACAGAUGGUAUCAAUGGGACAUCAAGCAUGUGGAGCUCUUGAGCUAUGGAAUUAUCCGACGUGGCUGAGGGACGUGGUGCCACAAAACGUUGAUGGCACAGAUCGCCCAGAUCAUGUCGACUUACCAUCCCUUGAGAUUUACAGGGACAGGGAGAGGAAUGUAGCAAGAUAUAAUGAGUUUCGUAGAUCACUCUUUUUGAUCCCCAUUUCCAAAUGGGAAGAUCUGACGGAUGAUAAAGAAGCUAUCAAUACAUUGCGCGAAGUGUACAAUGAUGACGUGGAGCAGCUCGAUAUGUUGGUAGGAAUGGCAGCUGAGAAAAAGAUUAAAGGGUUCGCCAUUAGCGAGACAGCUUUUGUAAUAUUUAUCAUCAUGGCAUCAAGGAGACUGGAGGCAGAUAGAUUUUUCACGAGUGACUUCAAUGAAGAUGUUUACACAAAAAAGGGGUUGGAAUGGGUGAAUACAACAGAGAGUUUAAAAGAUGUGUUGGACAGACACUACCCUGAGAUGACCGAUCGAUGGAUGAACUCUGCAAGUGCUUUUACGGUGUGGGAUGCUACACCAGAUCCUCAUAAUCCCAUCCCUAUAUAUUUUCGUGUGCCUAAAUGAUAGAUGAUUUUUCUUUUAUAUAUAAAUUAGAUUAUCACCCCGUGUUAAAAUAAAUAUCAUUUUUAGAUUGCGG